UACGUUACACUCCCGAUAUCUCCCCUCUCUUUCCGCAUCCAUAUAUUUACCACACCCUCUCCUUAUUCUUACAAUAAUAAUAUUAAUAGUUACGACAUCGCCGGAAUGGCUUCCCAAACAUGUUCGGCCGACACACUGGCCGCCAUGUUGGGCACAAACACCACCAACGCCACCGCCGCCGCCACCCUCAUCUGCGACCAGUUCAACACCAUCUCCACCAAGUUCACUGACACCGCAUACGCCGUCGACUCCACCUAUCUCCUCUUCUCCGCUUACCUCGUAUUCUCCAUGCAACUUGGUUUCGCCAUGCUCUGUGCUGGCUCCGUUCGCGCCAAAAACACCAUGAACAUCAUGCUCACUAACGUCCUCGACGCUGCUGCAGGCGGCCUCUUUUAUUACUUAUUCGGGUUUGCUUUCGCUUUCGGUACCCCAUCAAACGGGUUCAUAGGAAAACAUAACUUUGCGUUGAAAGAUAUACCUUCAUCUGUCUUUGAUUAUAGUUAUUUUUUAUACCAGUGGGCUUUUGCUAUAGCUGCUGCGGGUAUUACAUCCGGAUCUAUUGCUGAACGAACGCAGUUCGUUGCGUAUUUGAUUUAUUCGGCUUUCUUAACCGGGUUUGUUUACCCGGUUGUGUCCCAUUGGUUCUGGUCUGUUGACGGAUGGGCGAGUGCUUCUAACUUGGAUAACUUGUUUCUUGGAUCUGGUGUGAUCGACUUUGCCGGGUCGGGUGUGGUUCAUAUGGUUGGAGGCAUUGCUGGCUUGUACGGUGCGUUAAUCGAAGGCCCGCGGAUCGGGCGGUUUGAUCACACGGGUCGAUCCGUUGCGCUUAGAGGGCAUAGCGCGUCGUUGGUGGUGUUGGGGACUUUUUUGUUGUGGUUUGGUUGGUAUGGGUUUAACCCGGGUUCAUUUACGAAGAUAUUGAGCCCGUAUGAGUCGGGUAAUUAUUAUGGGCAGUGGAGCGCGGUUGGGAGGACCGCGGUGACAACGACCCUAGCUGGGUGUACCGCGGCUUUAACUACCUUGUUUGGGAAAAGAAUUAUUUCAGGGCACUGGAAUGUGACAGACGUGUGCAACGGGCUUUUAGGUGGAUUUGCGGCCAUAACCGCAGGGUGCUCGGUGGUGGAACCAUGGGCUGCGAUCAUAUGUGGUUUCGUUGCUGCGUGUGUGUUGACAGGGUGUAACAAACUGGCUGAAAAGUACAAGUACGACGACCCGUUGGAAGCCGCUCAGCUUCAUGGAGGUUGUGGGGCGUGGGGGAUUAUAUUCACGGCCUUAUUCGCUAAGGAGAAGUACGUUAACGAGGUUUACCCGGGGAAACCAGGUCGCCCUUACGGGCUAUUUAUGGGAGGAGGGGGGAAACUGUUGGGUGCACAUGUGGUUCAGAUUUUGGUGAUAUUUGGGUUCGUGAGUGCUACCAUGGGUCCAUUAUUUUUCAUUCUACACAAGCUUAAGUUGUUACGGAUCUCGCCUGAAGAUGAAACCGCGGGUAUGGAUAUGACGAGACAUGGUGGUUUUGCGUAUGUUUACCAUGAUGAAGAUGGUAUUCCAAUGAAGAAGAUUGAACCGGCUUCUUCAAGUUGAUUAGUAAUUAAACGUGUUUGCCUUUAUGUUUCGUCCAAAAUUCUUGCAUGCUAUUGUUAUUGGUUUUGCCUAGUGGUAUUUAGACUUUGUUUGCGUACAAAAUUUGAUUACAUAAUUUUUAUAGAUUGGCUGUUGUCCUGUGACAACGAAAUGAAAUGUGUGGACCCACUUCAUCUUGGGAUAUUCAGUCCUAUCAUCUUUUCAUAAAUCAAUUACCUUAA